UUGACGUACCCCCUAUCACUUCUCUCGAGUACCCCUAAGAGUACUCAUACUGCUGGUUGAGAAACACUGUUCUAGAUGUUUCAGAGAUUAAAUGGUCCUCCCUGUCCCCCCCCAUUCACUCUUACUUUUCAAUUUUAAUAACAUUCUCUGUUACAGUAAUAGUCUUGUAUAAACAGAUGGCUACAGAACAGUUUCUUUUUCUUUCAGGCACAAAGCCACACAGUGACAUUUUGUGCAAUGAAAAAAUACACAUUGUGUCAAUUUCAGAACUUAAAGUGUUGCAAGUUGGUCCUAAGAUUUUCCAGUAUAUUACAAAAGUUAUUGCACAGGCAAUACAACUGUUCUAUACAAUGCUGAAGAUAGAUCGGCCUUCUUAUAUUCUUCUUCAGAAUCCUCCAGGCCUGCCUAGUAUAGCUGUUACCUGGAUGGUUUGCCUUGUACGAAGAAGCAAACUGAUCAUUGAUUGGCACAAUUAUGGUUAUACUAUAAUGAGUCUGAUCCAUGGAAGAAACCAUCCUAUAGUACAAAUUGCAGAGUGGUAUGAAAAGUUUUUUGGACGCCUAUCUGACUACAACUUCUGUGUGACUAAUGCAAUGAAAGAAGAUCUACAGAAGAAUUGUAACAUCAAAGCAAUAACCCUAUAUGACAAGCCAGCUUCUUUUUUUAAGGAAACAUCGUUAGAACUUCAGCAUAAAUUGUACAUGAAACUUGCUAAAGAUUAUGCUCCAUUUAAAAGAGGAAUAGACUCCAUAUGUCAAGACGUUGAGAAGUCUGCAUUUACAGAGCUAGAUGUCAGAAAUGGAAGUGUGACACAAGAUAGAGAGAGACCAGCUCUUCUAAUCAGCAGCACCAGCUGGACAGAGGAUGAAGAUUUUUCUAUUCUUUUAAAAGCUUUAGAAAAUUAUGAAGAGUAUGUCAAUGAUGGAAUCAAGCUUCCUUCUUUAAUAUGUGUGAUAACAGGGAAAGGACCUUUAAAAAAGCACUACAACAGUCUGAUAGACAAAAUGCACUUUAAACACAUCCAGAUCUGUACACCGUGGCUUGAAGCUGAGGAUUACCCUGUUCUGCUUGGGUCAGCAGAUUUGGGUGUCUGUCUCCACAAAUCAUCUAGUGGCCUAGAUCUGCCUAUGAAGGUGGUGGAUAUGUUUGGCUGUUGUUUGCCUGUGUGUGCAGUACAUUUCCAGUGUUUACACGAACUUGUGAAACAUGAUGAAAACGGUUUGAUAUUUAAGGACUCUAAUGAACUCGCAGAACAGCUGAAGAUGCUCUUUUUGGAAUUUCCUACCCCUGAAAGCAAACUUCAUACGUUCAGAAGAAAUCUUCAGGAAUCCAAGCAGCUGAGGUGGGAUGAGAGCUGGGAACAGACUGUCCUUCCUGUGCUUAGGAACAAUUUAUGAUUUCCAAAAAAAAUGAACAAAAGAAUUUGUGCUUACGAUUUUCACAUUCCCAAGUUUGGUUUUACAUGAUGAAAAUGAUGAAUAAAGUCUUUAUAUUUGA